AUGAGACUUUUGCUGAAGGAGGGCAUGGCUAAUUACUUAGGCGGGCGAAACAAUCUGAAAAUAUGUUCUUUGAGAAGUUUAGAAAUCGGGAGAGAUUUUGAUAUGCUUUAUCUAUUGACAACAUGUCUUUUGAUCAGUAAACUUUAUGGAACAUGGGCAUCGCAUGAAAUCAUUGAACCGUUCACUUCUCCGUUAAAUAGUAGUUUCAAUCACAAUACAAUGGCUUCGGGUGCUGCAGCCGUCUUUUCUCGGAUGGGCAACCUUCGAAUGGUCUAUGUCACAGCGCCAUCGAAAGAAGCUGCUCUCAAAAUCGCCAGAAUAGCUGUGGAACGUAAAUUAGCAGCUUGUGCCAAUAUCAUACCUGAGAUUACAUCCAUUUACGAGUGGGAAGGCAAAGUACACGAGGACGCAGAAGCUAUUCUUAUCAUGAAGACACAGGAAAGUCUUUUGGAGGACCUUCAUAAGAUCGAGGGCAACAGCCAUGGUGAAGUUUUGGAAAAUCGAGUUGUCCAUUGCAUUUCCACAUCAAAUUCUGUUAACUAUGACUGUUGA